GUGGGCUAAGGUCUUGUGGUCUCGUAACAAAGUCGAUUCUUGAUUUGCAUUCGCUCAAAUAUACAUAGCCCACAUCCGUUUUGUUAUGUUUGUCACAGUGAGAUUGCAUUAGGGAAGUCUUUCUUUCGGGGAGUGUUCGUAGACGUAGACUUAUUAAAAUUCCGUAUAUAUCGAUUUGUUUGAACACAUCCGACAUCAAAAUUCUUGUCUCUGACUCCAUGCAGGAAGUAUAAACACGACAAUUUGUAUUGCUGUCACAGUAUUAUAUAAUCAAUAUUCAAUAUAGCUUGUGAGUCCAUAACUACCUCAACAAUGGCGUGCCAAACGUUACAUAUUUUGCUGGCGUUUUACUCUUGUAUACUAUGGACAAGCAUCCAAAGUGUCCCUCUACCUGGUAGAGGAAUAAGCGCAAAAGAUCAAAACACAGCCGUGAAUUACCUGACGAGGCUUGGCUACCUCAGCAUGCCUGAUCCUCGUGCUGGUCGACUUCGUAGCAACGCAGAACUCCGUGAAGGCAUUAAAAUGUUUCAAUUAUACACCGGCCUUCCAAUGACUGGCGUUGUUGAUAAGAAAACGAUGGAAAUGAUGGCAAAACCUCGAUGUGGAAUGCCCGACUUUGGAAGAACUGACAGCACAAAGAGAAGAAGAAGAUAUGCAGUCCAAGGAACCAUCUGGCAAAAAAAGGAACUCACCUACAUGAACGAUGGACGCCCCAGAAACAGCAUCUCGGAAACUGAAGUUGAACAACAAGUCGAUAAAGCGUUCGCGGAAUGGGAACGAGUGUCAACGUUAAAGUUCAUUAAAAGCAAAGAUAAAGAAUCAGACAUUCUUCUCAGAUUUGAAUCUGGGAUGCAUGAUGACGGUUAUCCAUUCGAUGGCCCGGGGGGAACCCUGGCUCAUGGAUUUUAUCCGCAUGAUAACACAGGACUUGCCGGGGAUGUGCAUUUUGACGAUGACGAAACUUGGAUUUUGAAGAAGGGAGAUAUAGGAACAGACUUUUACUGGACUGCUCUCCAUGAAAUCGGGCAUGCCUUAGGAUUGGAUCACUCAAAUUAUCAAAACGCUGUGAUGUAUCCAUUUUAUACUGGUUUCAAAGAUAAUUUACAGUUAAAUGAAGAUGAUGUGAAGGGAAUUCGUUAUCUUUACGGAAUGCCAGUGAUAAAAAUGGAAACAGCAGCGCCAUCUGUAACGAUGCCAACCGCCGCUCCAGGAAUGCCCCACGCUUGUUCUGUGAAUUCAUUUGAUGCGAUUUUUGUUGAUGCAAGCAGAAAAACGUAUUUCCUUCACGGGAAACAUUUCUGGAUCGUGCGCGAGAACGUGGACAGACAAGGACCGUUCCUCGUAAAAAGUUUCUGGCCAGAACUUCCCAGUAGCGUUGAUGCCGCUUACUACUCGGAGGGGAAUACAACCUUCUUUAAGGGGGAAAGCUGCUGGAUUUAUAAUGGAACACAGCUCCUCGCAGGUCCUGUUCCAAUACACGAUCAAUUUAAAGGUCUUGACUCAUUUGUUAAAAAGAUCGAUGCUGCAUUUAUUUGGGGUGCCAAUGGCAAGACAUAUCUUUUCUCCGGUGAUAGUUAUUGGAAAUACAACCAAGCUCUGAAGGUGAUGGACAUGGGUUACCCUGCGAAGAUCAACGUGUCCUGGACGGGUGUGCCGUCAAACCUGGACUCUGCGCUGACGUGGAUUAACGGAAGAACUUACUUUUUCCAAGGAACUGGAUUCUGGAUUUUUGAUAAUGUGAACAUCCAGACAAAACAUACGGAGCCCAUGAUGACUCGUGCAUAUUGGAUGAAAUGUCGAAAUGAGGAAUUGGACUCAAGCGGUUCUUCUAGCAUUUCCAAAAACUUUACAAUCCCAAUCAUCUCAUUACUUGCUUUCAUUUUGAAUUACGUGUUGUGGUAAAUAUUGGAGAGCAAGGAGAUAUUUGAGCGUUGAGCCGAUUCUGAUGUUUUCCCUGUAAAGUAUAUUUAUUUAACAUUGAAGAAGAUCAUGUACAAAACUCCAGGUUUAGAAUUGUAUUGUUGUAGUAUAACGAACCUAAAUUAUAAAUAUUGCUAGGUGAAACGUUGCAUAAUGAUAGUUGCGAUGAAUACAAUAGACGAUAGCCGUCAAACUUACAAAGACAUUUUUAACAAUGGCAAACCUUUUAAAUAGCAGUUGUUUUAAUAUCUUAUUUAUUAAUUAAAUA